UUACUUGGAAUGGACUUAUGGUGUUGGAUUUCUAUAUGUAAUACACCAGUAUAAAUAUAGAGAACAUAGUUUAGUUUUUAACAUCAAUUUGUCUUUUGUUUCUUCUAACUUUUGAGAAAAUGGUGAGAAGUACCAAAGGUCGUCAGAAAAUAGAGAUGAAAAAAAUGAAAAACGAGAGCAACCUUCAGGUUACUUUCUCGAAAAGAAGCUUUGGUCUUUUCAAAAAAGCUAGUGAACUUUGUACAUUAUGUGGUGCAGAAAUUUUAAUGAUUGUUUUCUCUCCUGGUGGAAAAGUGUUUUCUUUUGGCCAUCCAAGUGUUCAAGAUCUGAUUCAUCGUUUUGAGAAUCCUAACUAUAAUUCUAUCAUUGUCCAUCAACAAAACAACAGUACAUAUCUUGUUUUUUCACAAAAUGAAAGAAUCUCAUUGCAGGUGCUGACAACCCAGGAAAAGGAGAAAAAUAAGAGAAUGGUUUUGGACAUAAUGAAAGAAUCCAGAGAACAAAGAGGAAACUGGUAUGAAAAAGAUGUGAAAGAUCUCGACAUGAAUGAAACCAACCAUCUGAUAUCUGCUCUUCAAGAUGUGAAAAAGAAACUGGUAAGUGAAAUGUCUCAACAAUAUUCUCAAGUAAAUGUUUCUCAGAAUUACUUCGGCCAAAGUUCUGGCUUUAUUGGUGGUCCUAAUGUUGAUGUUGGCAUUGAUCUUUUUGAUCAAAGAAGAAAUACAUUCAACUAUAAUCCAAACAUGGCGGUGUUUCCUAACCAUACACCAAUGUUUGGAUACAACAAUGAUGGAGUUAUCGUUCCGAUAUCCAACAUGAACUAUAUGUCAAGUUACAACUUCAACCAGAGCUAGAGCCUGAAGCUAGAAGAACAUCCUAAUCAAUAUUUGCGUUAUUUUGGAUAUGGUUACUGUUAGGAUUGUUCUUGUAUUGUGAGACUUAAGUUAUUUUUUUUUUCUUCUUUACUUUGUUUCAGUUUGUUGAUUUUUCCUUUUCGUCGUUUGUUUUUCUUUGUUUUUAGGAUAUUUUGAGACCAGAAUAAAUUUAUUUAUCCUUUAAUUAUACAUUUUU